CGCCCCGUUUCAGUCACCUCGGGGACCACAUAUCGAUCGGUCCGUGUCCGACAACAACGCACGGCUGCUUAUUUGUGUUUUAGAAACACCACCGCCACCGUUGCAUUAUACUGAUAGACCACGUAGAACGCGCAACGUUCCGCUCUGCACGUAAUCUACACACAAAAUACAAACGUCGUUGUUCGGCAAUAUAUGAUACCCUCACAUAACCGUUCGUGGAUUAAUAAUCAUGAGUUCCGCCAAAGUCAUAGUAAUCUUGUUCUUUUACACGUGCACCGUUCGUGAAUGCGUUCAACACGAUUUCGAACCCGUUAAAACUGCACUGCUACAGACAUGGGCUGAAAAAUUAUACUUUGAAUUGUGGAACUGCGGCGAGUACAUAACUAAUAGAAAAUCACUGCAAAGCAAAUAUAAUAAAGAAGCUAAAUUAGAAGGAAGAAAUGGACAAGUUUUAGCAGCAAACAUUUCAAGUGUAAUUAAGUCAAUGAUGGAUAAAAAACAUCAAGCUUUAAAAAGAAUUUUGGAUAUUGUUGAAGAAGUUGCUGUUUCUGCCCAUGACAAAGCAGCUCCGGGAAAUGAAUAUAAGGUUCGAAAUGCUAAACCAAAAACAGCAACAGUCAAUACAAGUUUACCAUUAGAUUACUUAACUGUGAAUUCUCAUUUUUACAACACUCCUGUAAAUGUAUCAUAUAGUUCUGUGCAUGUACCAACUUAUGUAUAUGAUAGAGCAUCUGAUGUAAUUAAAGCUAUAAAAUGGUCUGAACACCUCGAUGAAACAUUUAAAAAAAAUUAUGAAAAAGAUCCAAGAUUAUCAUGGCAAUAUUUUGGCAGUACAACUGGUUUCAUGAGACAGUAUCCAGCAAUGGAAUGGCCAAAUAAACCUGUAGACUUGUAUGACUGCCGAAUGAGACCUUGGUAUGUAGAAGCAGCUGCUAGCCCAAAAGACAUUCUUAUUUUAGUUGAUAAUUCUGGAUCAAUGAUGGGGCAAAGUAAAAUUAUUGCCAGGCAUGUGAUAAAUACAUUGUUGGACACACUAUCUGUAAACGACUUUGUGAAUGUGCUUGUUUUUAGUAAUGUAACAAAUGAAGUUGUACCAUGCUUCGAAGGAUUACUUGUACAGGCAACACUUGCAAAUAUAAGAGAACUAAAAUUAGGCGUAGAACAUAUUGCUGAACCAAAUAAUAUUUCAGAUUUUAGUGAAGCAUUAACAAGGGCAUUUGAGACACUUGAAAAGUACCGUGAACGAAAUAUGGGUGCUAUGUGUAAUCAAGCAAUUAUGUUGGUCACUGAUGGCGUGCCAGAAAACUUUUAUGAACUAUUUAAGUCUCAUAACUGGAAAAAUGGUACAAUGGGUAUGCCAGUUAGAGUUUUUACAUAUUUGAUUGGCCGAGAAGUUCCAGAAAUUAGAGAUAUGAAAUGGAUGGCUUGUGCAAAUCAUGGAUAUUUUGUUCAUUUAAGUACUGUAGAAGAAGUUCGAGAACAAGUGGUUCAUUAUUUACCAGUAAUGGCCAGACCUUUGGUAUUACAUCAAUCACAUCAUCCAGUAAUUUGGACACCAUUAUAUGCUGAUGUCAUUGAUCCAAAAAUGACUGAUUAUGAAUGGGAAAUAAAAGAAUGCCUUCAACAGCGAACGGAUACGAUAAGUUAUAAAAAAACAAAAGACCAAUUUUUUUAUCCCAUUAAUGAAGCAAAACGAAAACAUAGCCGGAUGAAACAAGAAUUAAAUCAAAAUUUAAAUAUAAAUAGACAAAAGAAAUAUAAUUUGAUAACAUCCCUUGCAAUGCCAGCAUUUGAUAAAAAAACUGAAAUGACUAAAGUGGCUCAUUUACUUGGUGUUGUUGGAACUGAUGUUCCUGAAUCAGACUUACGAGAAGCAAUGUCACCUCAUUUAUUGGGUGUCAAUAACUAUGCAUUUAUUGUUACUAACAAUGGUUUUAUUGUGACGCAUCCAGAUCUCAGACCAGUCUUUGAAGAUAUUUUAAAGCCGAAUUACAAUAGUAUUGAUCUGACUGAAGUGGAACUCGUAGAUUCAGAUAAUAAUCCAAGGGAAUUUGAUCAAAGUAUUCUUACGCUUCGUGAUUACAUCAUAAAUCAGACAACAGGCGAUCAAGAAAUAACCGUCAAAUAUCAUUAUGACGACAUGAGACGAGCAACUACAGCUGACAGGCAUUAUUACUAUUCAGUCGUCGAAGGAACGCCUUUUACUUUAGUAGUUGCUUUACAAGAGAAACAUUUUGGAUACAGGGUAAAAAUUCCUGACAGAUUUCAAAGCCUGAAUACAACAAGAGCAUCCCUUUUGGAUUAUUUCAAAGAUGACGAAUGGAGAAUUCAUCCAGAUUGGCUUUACUGUCGGUAUGAUUAUGAUGAAGAUAAUCGCACGUCUUUUAAGAGUCGAGAAGAGGAACUUAGACAUUUUUUAAAUAGAAUUAGCCAAAAAAAUAAUAGUUGGAAUAAAUGGCCUCCUCCGAGAUUUUACAGUGAAUCAUAUAAUUCAAACGGGACAAAAAAGUCCGAAGAAAAAUUCGAUUGCAAAUGUAAUUGUGACAAAGAUCUCAUGCUUAACUUAAUCUAUGAUGCAAACUUGACAAAAGGUAUUUUUACUGAAGCCAAAAACGACACAGAAAAGAAAAAAAAUCCAGCAGCAGUCUUGAUGAGUUUAUUACCAAGGACCGAAUUUGAAAAAAGAUUUGGAGUAACAUUAGCGUUUGUUGCUACGCACAGUGGGCUCACUCGAUGGAUGGAUUAUGACAAUUACGAGGACAAAACCAAAAUACCUUCUGAUUCUGAUGAUUCAGAAAAAAAUAAAAAACAUUUCAUUGAUGAAAACGUUUAUUCGAUCGAAGAAGUUUGGUAUAGAAGAGCCGUAGAAUAUAAUAUGGUAAAUGAUGAGAGCUAUGUAUAUUCUGUACCAUUUGAAAAUGAAAACAUAAAAUCGUCUUUGGUAACAGCAAGUCAAGCAGUUUUUGUCACAAGCAAAGAAAAUAAAAAGAAAGCUGCAGCUGCAGUUGUUGGUUAUCAAUUUAGACACUCAGCUCUUCAAGAAUUAUUUACCAAUAUAACAAGACAAUGUUACUCAGAAACUGGUUGUACACCAGAAAUACACACUUGUCUAGCCACAGAUCGAGAUUGUUACAUACUUGACAAUAACGGUUACAUAAUUGCAUCAGAAAAUAUAAUUGAAACAGGCCAAUUUUUUGGUAAUGUCAAAGGAUCAAUUAUGAAUAUGCUAGUAGAAGAAAAAAUUUACAAAAAAAUAAUAAUAUAUGAUUAUCAAGGAGUUUGUUUUAAACCAGAUAAAGAAGAUGAUGCAAAUAGUUCAUCAUUCUUGUAUACUCCUAUACAUCAUGUCAAACAAUUAAUUGGGUGGCUCAUAGGACGAUUACUAUGGCUAGCAGCUCAUUCCAAUUUCCAAUGGAUGGUGUCUCAAGCUCAAGCCAUAUUUGAAGACAUCCCAGAUUACCAAGAAGAUGAAGAAAAUAACUACAGUUCUGAUACUUCUUCAAAUUUAAAAUAUGAAGGUGAAAAAGCAUUAAAAUAUGUAAUGAUUCAUCGAACUCGACCGAAGACUUGCGAUCGUGUAGUUAAUUUAUUUACGCUUGCUUCAAAAAUCCCAGAAAAGGUCGAGCGAAAAUCUUGUGCGAGGCCAUAUGAACUGCGUAAAAUAAUGAAUACCAAUUUAAUUUUACUGGUCGUCAAUGAAUGUAAAGAUAAAUUGACGAAAACUGUCAAAUUUGAUACUUUGCCACAAGAAGUUCCAUAUAAUGAGUCAUUGAGUUGUCAUAAAGCAGCUAACAGUUUACCACGAUGUAGACCUAAAACCGCUUGCAUUAGGACUCAUCCAGAUGAGCAUGAAAUUUAUGACAAAAUGUGUGGAAAGGGUACUACAAUUGCACCAACUUUGUUGGUAUUUUUUUUUUCUUUGUUCAAUUUUAUAUAGUUUUUAUAAUAUUUAUUUUAAAAUCAAAAAAUCAAAUCCUCCUACUCUAUGUUUCGAUUACUAUUUAUUGUUCAUGAAAUUUACUUCUAAGUUUAAAAUAUAAUCUAUAAAAUAAUCUAUUAAAAUUUAAUAAACGUUAAAAUUUGUAGUUUUUUGAAAAUAUUACCAAUUGAUAUUUUAACUAACAUGAAGGGCUUGGAAUUUCAACAAAUUUGUAUUAUAAUAAGAGUGCAGUGUUGGCCUAACACCUAAAGUGCUUUUUGUACUUUUUUUAAAAAAUUACCAAAAAAAAUUGCUUUCCCUAUUAAUUGUAACCAGGCACUUUAUUCUUAUUAGGUCCUUAUUAUUAUAACAGCGUACACAUUUUAGUGUAUAAAACAAUACAAUUUGAGACUGAGUUCUGAGACUGAGUUUCAAACAUCAAAGUCUAAAGAGCAAAUAAAAGUCAAACACUAAGUAAACAUCUAUAAGGAAACCUAACCACUUUCAUGAGUCAGAGGCCAUAAUCAAACCAACACUGUAAAGAGGUGGCCAUAACAAUUAUUAUCUCUAAGAUUUUAUAUAUCAAUCUGCAUACGCAGUGUAACAUUAUUUUAGUGUUAUAUUCAUAUUUAUACUAGCUGAAUUACCUUACAAUAUUUAUAGCCUAGUUUGAUGUAGUUGUUAGUUAUAAAACAAAUAAAAUGAAAUUUGAAAUCAA